AAAGCAUCUGGUUUCUUAAAUAAACAGGCCCCAUAGAGAGGCCAUGUGGAAUGGGGUGUCAGCUUUGAGAAGAAUGUGUGUGUUUGUUUGCUGGUGCUGGCAGGGCCGAGUCCAUGCUGACAGUACUGAAUGUGCCUUUUGGAGGCUUCAGGGAGCUGCGGCUCUUAGCCUGUUGUGGAUCUUUAUCACACCCAGAAAUCUGAAACAUGUGUUUGAUGAUCUCAGUGGCUCAGUAUCCUUGUCCUGGGUUGGAGAUAGCACUGGGAUCAUUUUAGUCUUGACUACCUUCCAUGUACCACUGGUAAUUAUGACUUUCGGACAGUCCAAGCUCUAUCGAAGUGAGGACUAUGGAAAGAACUUUAAGGACAUUACAAAUCUCAUCAAUAACACCUUCAUUCGGACUGAAUUUGGCAUGGCUAUUGGUCCUGAAAACUCUGGAAAGGUGAUUUUAACAGCAGAGGUGUCUGGAGGAAGUCACGGAGGAAGAAUCUUUAGAUCAUCCGAUUUUGCAAAGAACUUUGUUCAAACCAAUCUUCCUUUUCAUCCUCUGACUCAGAUGAUGUAUAGCCCUCAGAAUUCUGAUUAUCUUUUAGCUCUCAGCACUGAAAAUGGCCUGUGGGUGUCCAAGAAUUUUGGGGGAAAAUGGGAAGAAAUCCACAAAGCAGUAUGUUUGGCCAAAUGGGGAUCAGAAAACACCAUCUUCUUUACCACCUAUGUGAAUGGCUCCUGCAAAGCUGACCUUGGGGCACUCGAAUUAUGGAGAACUUCAGACUUGGGGAAAAGCUUCAAAACCAUUGGCGUGAAAAUCUAUUCAUUUGGUCUUGGGGGACGUUUCCUUUUUGCCUCUGUGAUGGCUGAUAAGGAUACAACAAGAAGGAUUCACGUGUCAACAGACGAAGGGGACACGUGGAGCAUGGCCCAGCUCCCCUCUGUGGGGCAGGAGCAGUUCUAUUCCAUUCUAGCAGCUAAUGAUGACAUGGUGUUCAUGCACGUAGAUGAACCUGGAGAUACUGGAUUUGGCACAAUCUUUACCUCAGACGAUCGAGGCAUUGUCUAUUCCAAGUCCUUGGACCGACAUCUCUACACCACCACAGGUGGCGAGACAGACUUUACCAAUGUGACCUCCCUCCGCGGGGUCUACAUUACAAGUGUGCUCUCAGAAGAUAAUUCUAUCCAAACCAUGAUCACGUUUGACCAAGGAGGAAGGUGGGAGCACCUACGGAAGCCCGAAAACAGUGAAUGUGAUGCCACAGCAAAAAAUAAAAAUGAGUGCAGCCUUCAUAUUCAUGCUUCAUACAGCAUUUCCCAGAAACUAAACGUUCCAAUGCCUCCCCUCUCAGAGCCUAAUGCUGUUGGCAUAGUCAUUGCCCAUGGUAGCGUGGGGGAUGCCAUCUCAGUGAUGAUCCCGGAUGUGUACAUCUCAGAUGAUGGCGGUUACUCCUGGGCGAAGAUGCUGGAAGGACCCCACUAUUAUACCAUCCUGGAUUCUGGAGGCAUCAUUGUGGCCAUUGAGCACAGCAGCCAUCCUAUCAAUGUGAUUAAGUUCUCCACAGAUGAAGGUCAGUGCUGGCAAACGUACGUGUUCACCAGGGAGCCCAUCUACUUCACCGGCCUGGCUUCGGAGCCUGGAGCGAGAUCCAUGAAUGUCAGCAUCUGGGGCUUCACAGAAUCCUUCCUCACUCGCCAGUGGGUCUCCUACACCAUCGAUUUCAAAGAUCUCCUCGAAAGGAGCUGUGAAGAGAAGGACUAUACCAUAUGGCUGGCUCACUCCACAGACCCCAGAGAUUAUGGAGAUGGCUGCAUUUUAGGCUACAAAGAACAGUUCCUACGGCUACGCAAGUCAUCCGUCUGUCAGAAUGGUCGGGACUAUGUUGUGACCAAGCAGCCAUCCGUCUGUCUCUGCUCCCUGGAGGACUUCCUCUGUGAUUUUGGCUACUUCCGUCCAGAAAAUGACUCCAAGUGUGUGGAACAGCCAGAGCUGAAGGGCCACGACCUAGAAUUUUGUCUGUACGGCAGAGAGGAACACCUGACAACAAAUGGGUACCGGAAAAUUCCAGGAGACAAAUGCCAAGGUGGAGUGAAUCCAGUUCGAGAAGUAAAAGAUUUGAAAAAGAAAUGCACAAGCAACUUUUUGAGUCCAGAAAAGCAGAAUUCCAAGUCAAAUUCUGUCCCAAUUAUCCUGGCCACUGUGGGAUUGAUGCUGGUCACAGUCGUAGCGGGAGUGCUCAUUGUGAAGAAAUACGUCUGUGGGGGAAGGUUCCUGGUACAUCGGUACUCUGUGCUCCAGCAGCAUGCAGAGGCCAACGGAGUGGACGGUGUGGAUACUCUGGACACAGCCUCCCACACUAAUAAAAGUGGUUAUCAUGACGACUCGGAUGAGGACCUCCUGGAAUAGCGCCUCAAAGAAGCUGGGAUUGAGCAUGGAUGAUGGAACCGCAGUACCUCUUACACUCUCUGUGGCUCUGACUUGGGGAAAUAAAUUUCCCAUUGCAAGGGACCCAGCUCUGUUUCUGCUGCUUCCAUCAAAGCCAGAAGGACCUCCACUAAAGAAAUGCAGGGGGUGGGAGGGGGGCAGAACCCAAAACACUCUUACAUUGGCUCUGAGAAGGGGGGGAAAUUUUCAGUUCUUUAACCUCUUAUUUCAAGUUCUGUCUUUGCAAAGUAUGGGCUCUUUUGUUUCUGUUUUUGUUUUUAAGGGAAAUGAAAUGGAAUUGGAAGGGAAUGUUUCACUAAUCCCACUCCUGCAUGUUUUGCAUGGUGCCUGCCCCAGGGCACCUGCCAGCUCCAGCAUCACCUCUCACAAAGUACAUGGUGCUGUCCCUGGGCUCUGGUGGUGAAAUGCAGCCGCUGCAGAGAUGAGCACAGAGGCUACAGUGACUGACACAACCCGGCAGCCCGUCUCCUUCUGGGGACAGCCCUGCUCCAAGAACGCUGCAUUCCAGCUCCUCAUACAGAUCCCGCCUUUCUUUUUUUUCAGGGACCAUAGAUCACAGUGAUUUUUCUUUUCCCUGUUUAAUUAGGCAAUACCCUUGUUAAUUGCCCUUUGGCGAGUAACUUAACCAUGUGCUUCCAAGACACUAAAUCAGGAAAAUUUAAAGGGCAAUAUCUUUGACUUGGGACAGGAAGAAGGGAGCAGCAGAGAACUGAGUAGAUUUAGCACCUAUUAAAGGAGGAAUUCUUCCUCCUUCCGUGAUCUUUCAAGCCAUGCUUUGUGUGUGUGCCAGUGCAUUUGCUCGAGGACAGGGUUCAGGCCUGCCCUGGAUGUCUGCCCAGCUGAGUGAGCUCUUCCCUAGAGCGGAUGGUGGCAUGUAUGGUGCAGGCUCUGAGGAUGGAACAUAGCAUCUUCCAUAUGCCAUUCUACCUGCUGUGUUGGCUCAUCGGUGAAUCGUUAGAAUGGCUGCUUAUUUGCUUCCCCUUAGGUGGCUGUUGUACAUGGAGCCAGGACCAGACAUGUUUUCAGAUUUAUAGGCUUUUUAAAAAUAUCAGAAUUUACUACCAGGCUCUCCUCCUCACCCUUUUUCCCCCAGCUUUGCCAGGUAAUGUAUUGGCAUGGAACUUGGCUGAACCAACUGAAAGCUUCCAGUGUAGAUGAUAUUUUGUGUGAUACAUUAAGUUCAUAUAUUAAAUUUAAGGGAGUUUUCCAUUUGAGAUUUUUUCAAAUUAAAUAUAGAAUGUAGUGAGGUGGAUUUGGGGGCAGCCAUAUAGUAAUGGAAAGCUGCAAUAAUUCAUUUUAAUACAGCUUGAAUCCAGGGAUAUAGUAUAGUACGUUGUCAGUCUUAGCAUACCUGCUGUGCUGGUCACAGUUUCUCCCAAUAAUUAUGAUUGGGACUUUUUUUUGGUAACUGCCAUUUUGCUGCUAGUUCAUUUUAUGGCUAGAAAGUUAGUAAAAAGUAAAUGUGCCAAAUUAACUUGUCAGAAUGCAUGAGCAGAUGACUAAGUUAGCUCUCUCCUCACCAGAAUAGAUUAACAGCAGCAGGGAGAGGUGGGGGAGGAAGUGGAUGGAGAAUUUAGAGACUUUGAAACUGCAGUAAAAUUAAAUGAAUCAGGGAGCUUCAGUUAGAAAAUAAAGCUAGGACAGGUUUUGUGAAGAGAAUAUUUGUCAGAGCCAGAGAACACUAGUCUUUUAGGAAAAGCUCAUUCAUUUUGCAUCAUUUUUAAGUUAAAAAUAAUUCCAAAGAUUAAACAGCUCACAAGUGACAAGUGUCAGCCUUUGUCCCGGACACCCUCACCUCCUGCCCAAAGUGAAUUUGAUGCCCAGACAAGACCUACUUAACACACCUACACCGUUGGCUCUCAGCAUAUACUCACUGGGGUAGGUGUGCCGAUAGAUGAUGAUUCUCUGAUCAGUUUUAAGAUGCAGGAGUGUUAAUAUUAUGCUACCAUAUAUGAAUAGGGCUCUUUGUUUAUAAUGAUAUCUGGGUUUCUGCAGAACUCAGCAAUUCUCAGAGCACUUUUGCUUGAACCUCACAACAUUUGAACCUCACAACAUUCUUGUGAGAUUUAAAAAAAAAAGGCAGGGGUUGUAAUUCCCAUUUUUUGGAGAUGGAACUGUGGUACAAAAAUUGAGUAGAUUGUCCAGGGUUGUCGUGUGUGUGCGAGCAAUCCUGGCUGGUUGUCUUUAGAACUGGAGCAUUGUUAUGCGUGCAAAUGGUGCAUGCCUGGGGCGUGGCUCCUUCCUGACAGAUGACUUGCUGUUCUUGAGGGCAGGGAGGGAUCAGCAGCAUUUCUCACAGAGCAGCGUUUAGGGCCCUUUUGCCACUUUGGUGAACAGAAAAUUGUAUUCUCCUGUUCCUCAUGGCUGAAAACAAAAAUAUUGAUAACUGUGGAUAUGUGUUUAGAAACUGCCCCUCCCCUCGUUGAGGGUGACUGUCCAAGAGUGCAGGAGUGGCGUCUCCAAUGAUGAGUCACCUUCUCCAUGCUCCUUGUUUCUUGUCCCUGGCUGGCUAAGCUCGCUCAGUUGGUUUGAGGACUGCUAAUAAGUGUGGCUUCUUCCCUUUCUGCCUCAGCCAGUAAGUAAAACAGCCUAAAUAGAUGACAGCAUUAAAGAACAAAAGAUUUCGCAUUUGUCCUACUGACAUUAGGUUAGGAGCAUUAUCUUUGAAAGUAAAGCAUAGUGUAUCAUUGUGUAAAGUCCCAGGCAGAGAGAUUGUUUCUGGAGGUUUCAGCAAUAGAAUUUGGCAUCGUGAGAUAGCUUGGACUAUCAGACCAUCUAGUGUCCUGAGCUCUUAAAUCCAAGUGGAGAACUUGCCAUCAUGCCUGCCCUGUGGAUAGGUGUCUUGAACCUGAGGGGGCUUCUGGUUUGUAGUGAAACCAGAGACCACAGAUGCAUCCACCUAGGCUGUUAAUUGAAUGGCAGCACCACUUAGAAGAAUAAAAGUGUGUAGAGGGUGUGGCCACUCUAGACUGGGCUCAGGGGAUUCAGUAGGUUAGCCAUAACUGAAUCUUAGAAUUUGCCAUCUGCCUCUGAAUAGGCAUUCCAUUGUCUCUCUCUCUCUCUCUCUUAGGUUUGCCCCUGGGCCUCUACAUGCCCAAGCUGGCCUUUCGUCCCUAACAGAUUAAUAAUGUGCUGGCCACCUCCAGCUCCUGCUGGUUUUCCCAUGGCCUUUGUCAUGACACCAGGAUACAGAGAGGAGUGCACAGUUGUCCACACCCAUCCCAGGUGGCAGGGCUGGUUUGGCUUCAGUCAUUUCUUUAUUUUCCAGGCAAAUCUUCCUGGAAAGAGUCUUCCUUUUAGGAGAGUUCUAAAGAGCCCUGCCCCUAUAUGCAAUGGCUUAGAGCUCCUCCUGCUCAUUGUUGGUACAGCCCCCAUCCUAUAUGAAGCCUGGAUGCUUGGAACUGCUAAAAUAGGAGGAGAUUCAGCUUUUCAACUUUGCUACUACCUUGCCUUGAGCAAGAAAAUAAACAUGGACUUAAAUAUCCUUUGAACAAAACCAAAGUUUAAGAUUUGUCACAUGACGUAGUGACAGGGCCAGCCUUUCAGCACUGUUACUCAGCAGGUGCCAGGCUUUCUGUUCUGUCUGCCACCAGUUUGCCCAGCUCAGGCAGCUAUGGGAGCACCGUCCUGCCCGAGCAGAGCCCAGGCCUUGCCCUCAUGGAGGAGAACUGAAAUAGGAGCAUGCUGACUUCUUGGUUACAUCGCAUUAUAACAAGAAUCAGAACAUUAAUUUGAAAUUGUCUUCAACAACUUGCUGUAUGCAUUUUUUCACACCAGUACAUUCUUAAGCAUCCUUGUUUAUAGAGAAUAACAUAAACUAAUCUGUAUCUUUAUAUAUAUGUACAUAUAUACAUGUAUAAACUGUAUAGUGUACAUGUUAAUGAUUUAUUGAGAUGUCCCAAAUCUUUAAUGCAGUUCUCAUCCUCUGCAUGCCCUCAGUUUGUGGUCAGGUGACGUGACUGUUCCCUGAUGACUCUGCCCACCUCCUGUGUUUGGACGUCUAGGAAGGAGGGUUUUGAUCGCACCCUCCUUAUCCUUGUGCACAGAAAUGCUCAGGGUCCCCAUGUGCCUGUUGUUCACCCUCUCUUGUCUUUUGCUCCCUUUCUGAGCAUGUGGUCCUUCCCUGUUCUAUAUCUUCUCUGCCUUCUCCCCAAGCUGUGGGACAACUGUCUUCCUACUAAAGUGUAAAGCAGUAUUAAGAUCAUUACUGCAUGUGCGCUAAAACACCAGUUUUCUGUUCCCUUGGGGCAGAAAAUUGCAUGUGAGGUGGGAUAAUCAAGUCUCAAUGACCCAUGUCAGUUACACAACAAAGCCAGACUCCAUAGUAAAAUUUCCACAAAAUGGAAAUAAACUAAAUCUCUUUAGCAUUGUGUAAAUAAAUCUGGAUGUGUUUAACUUUGUACUGGUACUUUUCUGUAUAUUUGCAAUAUUUGGGUUAGAAAUAAAACAGACUGGGACUUUGUUACCUGA